GGUGGAGCGAGCGCAUGAUCUGGCCAUUGCAGCUAUUCUAGGGCAGGGCAUUUGGAACUUCGGAGAGCUCGUAAGUAGUUGCGUCCGCAUGGACGCCAGUGUAUGUCCCCACUGACACCGAGUGCCUCUCCCCGUCCUGAUUGCAGCUCCUACACCCGCUUCUCCCUAUCCUCUCACCCACCCCGCACUCCUACCUCCUCCCGCUCCUCUCCUCCUUCUCCUCCGGCUCACUCCCCCUCUUCGACUCGCUCCUCCCUUCCAUCCAAUCGCACCCGCUCCUCACAACAAGCAUGCCUUUCCUCCGCCAAAAGAUCUGCCUCAUGGCACUCGUCGAGAGCGUCUCGAAACGAGAAUCGGCGCAGAGGGCUGCCUUACCCUUUGAGGUCGUGGCGAGGGAGACGGGCCUACCGGAGGAUGAGGUAGAGCAUCUGGUCAUGAAGGCAUUGAGUUUGGGACUGAUCAAAGGCAGUCUGGACCAGGCGAGGGCGAGGGUAUGCGUGGAGUGGGUCCAGCCUAGGGUUUUGGAGAUGGAGCAAUUGAAGGCGUUGCGGGGUAAGUUGGGAGCGUGGCUCGAGAGGGUCAAGGAUACGAGCCGAUUUGUGCAGGGACAGCAGGAAGGCGUCGGGGCUGGUGUUGGUGCCAAUGGCGCGGCGAGGGGGCAGGAGGCAAUCGUCGUGUGAGCGGCGCGAAGAGAGCGCGAGAAAACAACAAG